GUGAACUUGCAAGACUGCGCAUUGCAGGAAGUGAGAGACGUUUCGUUAUAACAGGAAGAAACGUACGAAAAAGCAAAAGGUGCUGAAGAUGGCAGGAGAUGCUGCAGAGUGGAUAGGCAGCGUGUUUUUGUUUAUUCAGACAGAUGCUCACCAGCUUAACCUUCCUCACUUGUACAAAGACUCCUUGCAGCAGCUAAAUGUGUACAGAGCUCUCCAGCUUACUCUAAAAGAAGCAACAGAAGAUGCACACAAGGCUGAAAUUUUGAAAGUCCUAAGCACAGACAAGCAGCUGAUAAUGCACAUAAAAUUUAGCAGUGAAAAAAUCUGUGUUCAGUUUUUGCGUAGUUACAGUAGUGGAAGAGUCCGCCAGUCUCUGCUGAACCAUUUGAGGAUGACUUUUCCUGUGCCACAUGCUGCAGUUCAAACACAAUUACGUGCUGGUGGGGAACAGCUUGACUCCUUAUUGGGUGAAGAACAACAGUGUAUCAAAUGUAUCAGCAAUCAAAAGCCAGAUCACCUAAAGGAUGAGCACAUUGUUCAGCUUGAGCAGUCUUUACGGAACUUAAACCUUGGAAAUGAGCAAGCAAUCUCCACUAGGACACUGUGCUCUAUUACAGAAGGAAGAAAUGAUCUGUCUCAGGAAGUGACCUUGGCAUUUCAGGAUCAGCAGUUUGUGGACAGAUUGUUGUCAAGAGAGGACCAUCAGAAAUUUGCAAAAUUAGUGGGAAGGUAUUGGAAAAUAGUUGGUCGGACACUGAGCAAAACCUGUCGUGCUCUUCGAGAUCCUGCCAUUGACAACUUAGCUUAUGAGUUUGAGCAUGAAGGACUGUAUGAGCAGGCAUACCAGAUGCUCCUCAAAUUCAUACAAUCAGAAGGGAAGAAAGCAACUCUAAGUCGACUCAUUGAUGCAUUAAUAGAAAAUGAACUCAGAAGUCUUGCAGAAGAUUUGUUAGCACUUAACAACAAUGAAGAAAAAUAGUUAUUUUUAUUGACCAGUUUUAAAAUCUGAUCUUGUUUAUUUCAACAUGGUUGUUUAAACAGAAUUUUAAUGACCUCCUUAUUAUCAGCAGAUCCUUGAUUUGGUGCCCCUAACCUACCAUUCCUUGACUUUUGGACUGUUAAUUUUGAAUGAUUUCUAAAGCUUAAGUGACGAUUUCACCAUGAGGAUGUGGAGGAAAUUAUGGUACUUUGUAAAUUAUGUUAUUGAAUGGACAUUUCAUGUUAUCAGAUUGAUGUCUGUGAAUAUUGUAUUGACAUUUGAUGUCAUCAGACUGUUUGUGAAAAACUUAUAAUGUACUUCAAAGUCUUCAUGUUUUAUUUAAAAGCUGCUUUCCACUAACUAAUUUACUGUUAAAAAUGGUAAGUAGAUAUUUUAUGAAUCUGUUGUAAGAAAAGGGCUUUCUUCCCUUCUAGCACCUUUGCCCCCUACUUUGAUGCCCAUUUUCACUUCCCCUUUUUAUAUUCAGCAAACUGUAAUAGCACCCGAAAUUGACUGCAGUAAGAUGACAGCAACUAUUAAAAGACUUGUGGCCCAGUCCUUCAUGUGUCAGUGCUAGAUUCAAUGCUGCUGGAUACCUGUUCAACAGACACCAGUCCACAUGGCAUCAUUGUAGUAUGAGUGAGUCUAAACAAUGUCAAGGCCACCACUAGCUGCCUAUUCUUUGUUACACCUUCCAAAGUUGGCCUUUAAGACAUUGGUCAUCCUGUUUUCCAUCCAUUUAGCAUUAGAUGGACAGGAAAAAUACCCCCAUCCCCCCAAGUGUCUGUCCUCUCUGUCUCUGUUCCUGCAUAAACCAUAUUCUUCCAUGCAAAGAAUAGGUCAUUACUUUUGAGAGGCAGAGAUAAAACAACCAGGUCUUUGAGUGAAGAAUUUAGUCUUCUUCAGUAAGUUAGCCUCUUCUUGCAAGGCCAAGCUGUUUUCCCCUUCCUUCUGAAUUUUUCAUUAUUCCAGCUGGUUUCUUAUUCAUUUCGCCUGUACCCAUGACCGACUAAAUUGUGCAUCAUACACUGUUGAACCAGCAUUUUAUGUAGCUAAAAGGCACAAGAAAUCCUGGAGAAAACUAAACAUAUGCAGUUCCCUCAGGAAUGUGAUCCAGUUUCAGAAGAUACGAAGAAAAGAUUUCCGUCACAACAACAAGACUGCAAAUUUGAAGAGGUCUGUACACUCAAACAGGAGAGGAAAGGAUGGCUAAUUCUGUUUCCCAUCAAACACCUAAAAGCUUGUAAGAUGACAAAGUAGUCCUCCUGAGUGGCCUCAGUCUUGCUAGACACUUCCACUUCGCUCAACACCAUUCAAACUUCUUACAUUGGUGUCUAUAGAAAACUGCUCAAAGAAGCAACAAGUAUUUUACUUCAGACACCUGUAGAUUGUACUUCAUUGUCUGUCCAGUAUUAUGCAGCAAUAGAUAGUAAUGUAUUCUGUUCCAUUAUGUCAAAUUGUUUGACUUUAGGAAGGGAGAUGUUUAAUUAUAUAUUUAAUAUGCAUCUGUAGUAUAAAAAGGAAACUUUUCAGUAUCAUGAAUUUUACAUCUUCAAAGAACGUGUAGCAGAGUUACUCAAGUAAUACAAAAGUACAAUAUUGUUUCAUCUUA